GCGGGCGCUGUGGCAACCAGGGCACGCGCGCGGUGCGCGGCCGGCCGGGCUGAGGGGCGGGAGCCGGGACACGGCGCUUUCGGUUAUCCAGUGUAUUUCUUUGGUUUUGAAGAGAGAAACGGAGUUGCCUAGCGGUUGUUUUAACUUUUCAGCUCUUUGUGUUGAGUCAAGAAUUGAACCAGUAGACAAUUCAGCAGAUGAAUAGAUAUUAGUGCUGGUGACUGUGCACCAGUCCAGCCUCUUUCACAGCUUCCCGACAGUGUUCAUGUGCUAAAAUAGCUCCUCUGGGACACAGAGCACUGUUCAAAGUCAGUAGGUGUCAUUUUGGCACAUUAUCUGUCCAGUCACCAAGUACAGCCAUUUUGGAGUAUUUUUAGAGAUAGGGAGAAUCCUUCCCAGGAACCUUCGGGAUGGCACAGCCUCGCAUCUCAGCCUACCUGCCCCCUGACAUAGAUCCCACGAAAGCUGCUCUGGCAUUUGGGAGGAGGGCCCUUCCCAAGCUGAACGAGGAGCUGCAGUCCGCCGAGCUGCUGACGCAGCAGCGGGCACUGAUGGCGCUCUGCGAUCUGGUCCAUGAUCCAGAAAAGGUCUACCAGGCAAUAGAAAUAGGAUUCUUGGAUACCCUGAAGACUUUGCUGGGACAUCCUGACAACACCGUCCGGCAAAAAGCAACAGAAGUUCUCUACCUGAUGAGUAUGCACAGUGUGGGCAGGCAAGGGCUGAUACAAAAUGGAGUGAUUUCUGCCCUCACUGGGCUCUUGGAUGAUCCAGUAGAUAUCUGUCGGAAGAACAUCCAUCUGAUUUUUGAUAUGAUGGCAAAAAUACCUGAAGGGGCUGCUGGUGUCCUGCAGGCUGGUUUGAUUCCCCCCCUGGUACUGAAACUGCAGCCUGAGCUGGAUGAGAUCCUGGAGCUCAUCCUGGGCACCCUCUCCAACUGCCUGCGCAUGGAGGUUUCGGAAGCCCUGGCAACUGGUGCCAUUGCUGCCCUGAAGGAAAAGCUCACACACCCCUCAGCAGCCAUCAGAAGCAAAGCAGCUCAGGUCCUGUUAGAAAUCAGUUCUCAUCCAGAGGGAAAACUUCCGGUGUGUGAAGAAGAGGUUAUCCCUGUGCUGGUGAGCCUGCUGGGAGACACAGAUCCUGAAGUCCAAGCUAGUGCAACAGGAGCACUGAUGUUUGCUCUUGUCACUCCUCAGGGGAGAGCCUCAGCCAUGGCAGCUGCAGCCAUCCCACCUCUGCUGAAGUUGGUUGCUGAGGAAACCAGCACAGCCCGUCUGAACGCGAUCAAAGCCCUCACGUUGCUGGCUGAGCUCCCCAAGGGCCGAGAGACGCUCCUGGAUCACACGGGCACAUUUCAGGAGUGUCUGGAUGACCCCCGGGAGGUCGUGAAAAGAGCUGCCCAAACCGCCAUCCGAGCCAUCGAGUGGAAACCUUUCUGCAGCCGCGAUCUUUUCUAGAGAUCUGUUGCCCUCUGUUGUUGUCUGGCUGUAAGAGGUGCUCGAUUAUAUGAGACCUUCAGAACCAAAA